CAGGCAGCAACAUGGUGGCGCCUGUGCUGGAGACCUCUCACGUGUUUUGCUGCCCGAACCGGGUGCGGGGAGCCCUGAGCUGGACCUCCGGGCCCGGAGGACUUCUGGCCUUCGGCACGUCCUGUUCCGUGGUGCUCUAUGACCCUCAGAAAAGUGUUGUUAUUACCAACCUGAAUGGUCACACUGCUCGAGUCAACUGCAUACAGUGGAUUUGUAAACAGGAUGGUUCUCCUUCUACUGAAUUAGUUUCUGGAGGAUCUGAUAAUCAAGUGAUUCACUGGGAAACAGAGAAUAAUCAGCUUUUAAAAGCAGUCCACCUCCAAGGUCAUGAAGGACCUGUUUAUGCAGUGCAUGCUGUUUACCAGAGGAGGGCAUCGGAUGUUGCAUUACAUACACUGAUAGUGUCUGCAGCUUCUGAUUCUACUAUUCGAGUCUGGUCUAAACAGGGUUCUGAAGUGACAUGCCUUCAGACUUUGGACUUUGGAAAUGGAUUCACUCUGGCUCUCUGCUUGUCUUUUUUGCCUAAUACUGAUGUUACCUGGAGGACAGACCUGGUGGGGAGAGGCCAGGCCUGGAAGCCUCCAGGCUCUUUUGCCCUUUGCAGCAGGAGCUGCGGCUCUGUGCUCUCACGUGACGUUCCACUUUGUGCGAGGGCUCCCCAGGAGGAGGAACUACGCACAUUCUGGUUUCAUUACAUAGAAUUUGAUUUCUUUGCAUCUACGUUGAGGCCAAUACCAAUAUUAGCAUGUGGCGAUGAUGACUGCAAAAUUCACUUAUUUGUUCAACAGAAUGAUCAGUUUCAGAAAGUGCUUUUUCUAUCUGGACAUGAGGAUUGGAUAAGAGGCGUUGAAUGGGCAGCCUUUGGUAGAGAUCUUUUCCUAGCAAGCUGUUCACAAGAUUGCCUGAUACGCAUAUGGAGGCUGUAUAUAAAAUCGACAUUUUUAGAAACUCAGGAAGAUGAUAAUAUAAGACUGAAAGAAAAUACUUUUACUAUAGAAAGUGAAAGUAUUAAAAUAGCAUUUGCAGUUACUCUGGAGACUGUGCUGGCUGGUCAUGAAAACUGGGUAAAUGCAGUUCAUUGGCAGCCUUCAUUUUACAAAGAUGGUGUUCUGCAACAGCCAGUGAGAUUAUUGUCUGCCUCAAUGGAUAAAACCAUGAUUCUUUGGGCUCCAGAUGAAGAGUCAGGCGUUUGGCUAGAACAGGUUCGAGUAGGAGAAGUAGGUGGCAAUACCCUGGGAUUUUAUGAUUGCCAGUUCAGUGAAGAUGGCUCCAUGAUCAUUGCUCAUGCUUUCCACGGGGCACUGCACCUUUGGAAACAGAAUGCCACUAACCCAAGAGAGUGGACUCCAGAGAUUGUUAUUUCAGGACACUUUGAUGGUGUCCAAGACCUAACAUGGGAUCCAGAAGGAGAAUUUAUCAUUACUGUUGGUAAUGACCAGACAACUCGACUUUUUGCUCCAUGGAAGAGAAAAGACCAAUCACAGGUGACCUGGCAUGAAAUUGCAAGGCCUCAGAUACAUGGAUAUGACCUGAAAUGUUUGGCAAUGAUCAGUAGGUUUCAGUUUGUAUCUGGAGCGGAUGAAAAAGUUCUUCGAGUAUUUUCUGCACCUCGAAUUUUUGUGGAAAAUUUUUGUGCCAUUACGGGCCAGUCACUGAAUCACGUACUUUGUAAUCAAGAUGGUGAUCUUCCAGAAGGAGCUACCGUCCCUGCUUUGGGAUUAUCAAAUAAAGCUGUCUUUCAGGGAGAUAUAGCUUCUCAGCCUUCUGAUGAAGAGGAGCUGUUAACUAGUACUGGUUUCGAAUAUCACCAGGUGGCCUUUCAACCCUCCAUACUUACUGAACCUCCCACUGAGGAUCAUCUUCUGCAAAAUACUUUGUGGCCUGAAGUUCAAAAACUAUACGGACAUGGUUAUGAAAUAUUUUGUGUUGCUUGUAGCAAUUCAAAGACACUGCUUGCCUCAGCUUGUAAGGCAGCUAAGAAAGAGCAUGCAGCUAUCAUUCUUUGGAACACUGCAUCUUGGAAACAGGUGCAGAAUUUAAUUUUCCACAGUUUGACUGUCACACAGAUGGCCUUCUCUCCUGAUGACAAGUUCUUACUAGCUGUUUCCAGAGAUCGGACCUGGUCACUGUGGAAAAGGCAGGACACAAUCUCACCUGAGUUAGACCCAGUUUUCAGUCUCUUUGCCUUCACUAACAAAAUCACUGCUGUGCACAGUAGAAUUAUUUGGUCUUGUGAUUGGAGUCCUGAUGGCAAGUAUUUCUUCACUGGAAGUCGGGACAAAAAGGUGGUUGUCUGGGGUGAGUGUGACUCCAGCGAUGACUCCACUGAGCACAGCAUCGGCCCCUGCUCCUCCGUUCUGGACGUGGGCGGAGCUGUGACUGCCGUCAGUGUCUGCCCAGUACUUAACCUUUCCCAAAGAUACGUUGUUGCAGUAGGAUUAGAGUGUGGAAAGAUUUGUUUAUAUUCUUGGAAAAAGACUGAUCAAGUUCCAGAAAUAAAUGACUGGAGGCACUGUGUAGAAACAAGUCAAAGCCAAAGUCAUACACUUGCUAUCAAAAAAUUAUGCUGGAAGAACUGUAAUGGAAAAGCUGAACAGAAUGAAGCAGAAGGCACUGAAUGGUUACACUUUGCAAGUUGUGGUGAAGAUCACACUGUGAAGAUACACAGAGUUAACAGAUGUGCUCUGUAAUGGACUUAAUGACUGCAAGCAUAUACUCGUUGGUGUCUUAAAAAUAUUUAUCAUGUAAAUAGAUAACCUUUCUUUACCUCAUAAUUUCAUUGCAUUUCAUGCUUAAGACCUAAGGCAGUAGUCCUCAUGUGAGUCUCAGACCCUUUGAAAUAUGAUGAAAGCUACAGACUCUUUGCUCAAAAUGUUUAUAUACACACAGUCUCAGAACCUUGCCCAUACUUUCAGGGAUUCAGACCUGCAUCUGUGUGUCCCAGAUUGAGAGCCUCUAUUCUUUCUUUCUUCAUGAGCAAAUUUGCCUAAUUUUGUGUCAUUUCGGGCCUUCUCUUUUCAAAUGUUUGGGACGUUUCAUUAUUUACUACCCUCCUGUGAGGGAUAGCCUCAAAAAUAAAAAGAGAUAAAACCCA